CCUCAGCUCCAAGGAAGCCAGCCCCAUUUACCACCACAUCAAAAUCGCCAGCAUCGGAGCAUUUGUAGGGCCUGCAUAGACCCGCGAUAGCCUAAAGCAAAACGGGAGCCUGCAAAACAUUCAAACGGUGCAUUUUAUACGGUGCAUCCUCUAAUUUCUGCCCUGUUUUUUGAGGUCCAACCCUGCACUUAGUAUCUUGCUUGACGCGACCACUGGAUCGCACGCGUCAAAAUCCACACAAGCGCCGUCGCAAACGACCUCGAUCUCCAGGUUUGCGAUCCUCAAUUGCGUCCCAACGAAAUCCUCAAGGAAAAUAUACCGUAAUUAUCUUUGAUGCGCUCGAUUAGGCGACCCUAUCGAUUAUAGUCACAAUGGACAGCAAACGCAAAGCCAAUGGUGCUGCCACGGUCGACAACGACGACAGAGGCUCUAAGCGUCGCAGACUUACUGGCGAUUUCGAUCUUUCCAAAGGCGAAUCUCGAGAAUCAACAACUACAUAUGGCCUGUCAUUCCUAGAGCAUAUUCGAAAAACCGCCGACAAAGCUGGGCGUCUUGUCGCAACCAAUUUCGAAGAACUUCCACCCCGCGAGGAAAAUGCAGACUAUUACGAACAAACACGCAUGCCCAUUUCAUUAUCCAUGAUCGAGCAGAAACUGAACGAUGGCGAAUUUGAGAACUUGUCCGAGCUUGAGGGCUACUUUAAGCGCAUGAUCAGCAACGCGAAGGAGUUCUACCCUCGAUCAACCGAGAUAUUCGAAGACGCGGAACGAUUGAGAAAGGCUGUCAGCAAUUACAUGACCAAGAAAAAUCCGGCAUAUCAUGUUAGAGGUUAUCAGGCUGUGCCGACCCCGUUCCCGGAUGAUGAUGGCGAGGAGGCCAAUGAAGACAACGAGGACGAAGAAAUGAACGAUGACGAGAACGAAGAUGACGACGAGCCCGAGGAAGAAAAAGAAGACGAGGAUGAAGAGGAAGAUGAAGAGGAAGAAGAAGAGGCGCCAAGCUCUCGUAGACGAACCAUUACACUCAAGCGGAGAACACCUGGUCGUACACCUGGUCGAAGGGCGUCCACUCGAGGCAAAGAGACCCCAAAGCCAGCAGCGCCCGCCGCAAAGCCAGACCACGUCUAUGAAGAUGUACCCUACAAAGGAUUGUCAUUUCAGCAAGCCCAGGAAAAGCUCAUCGAGGAGCUUAUCCGACGUGAAGACCCUGGAUACGAUGGCCCUUACUUCGAAGCUUUCAUUAACCUACCGCCUCGGUCUCUCAAAGAGUAUUUCAAGGUUAUCAGUGACCCCAUGUCGAUCCGAAAACUGCAGAAGGCGGUCAAGGGUUUCCACGGUCGUGGUGGUUCAACUGGAGUUAGCGAUUUCAAGUCAUGGGCCGCUUUUGAGGAGAAGGCGAAGCUAUUGUGGACCAACGCGUACUUUUACAAUGAAGAAGGCAGUGAAAUCUACUUGGUUGCGCAGGAUCUCGAGAAAUUCUUUUAUGAUCAGUUAAAACAAGCACAAGCUGUUGUAACUGAACCUUCUCAACCAAAGAUCAAGUUAAAGGUUGGCGGAUCCAGUGAGACGCCUACACCCGGACCCAAGAAGAUCACAAUCCAUGUUGGAGGUCAACGAGAUUCUGCUGAUUCGCCAGCGCCAGCUCAAUCGAAGGAGGCGAUAACAAAUGGCCAAACUGUGAACGGUACGGCACGUACUUCAACGCCUGCUCAAGCUGUCAAUCCCCAACUGGAAAAGGCUAGAAGCACCUCGUUAUCUGCUGUGCCAUCUCCUAGUCCUUCGGUACAGAGUGCUCUCAAGGCAGAGGAGGCCUCAAGGGCAUCGCCAGCAGUUACAUCACAACCGCCUAGCGCUGCACCUAAUCAAGCGACUCCCGCGACUCCUGCGGCUGCUCCCGUCGCUGUCCCUGCUCCUGUGCCUGUGGCACCACCGCAACCAAUCAACAAUCCGCUUGUUAAUGGGUAUAUGGACCAGAAGCAUCCUCGUCGCCCUGGUAAAGGUAUCGACGAUGCUCUCAUUGAGAGUAUGAAGAUUCAGGUUCACCCCACUCUUCAAUCACACAGUCCUGUACUGGCAACCAUCAGACCCAACCCCAAGGAGAUGGAACAGGCUGCCACUCUUAACCUACCUCCUCAUCUCACCCGUAUUCUUGCCGUCACCGCAAUACCCAGCCAUUUACAGACUAGACAAUACAGCCUCUGGACACUGGUUAACAAGCAACCGCUUAAGCCCAUUCAUCACCAAGCCCCAGGCCAGCUACCUCACGAGCGCGCCUUCGAGGCAAUGCUACAUCCAGGGCUCAACGUACUCGAGUCACAUCUCAUCGCUGCCAUUCCGCGAGAUGAGCGUGUUCCGGGCGGUCCAGAGGUUGAAUUAGAAGUCUUCACCAUCUCGAUCAAUGUCCUGAGGAAUUAACACUACCAACGUCAUGUCAGGGCAUGGGAGAAAGCAGGCAUCUGAAUGGACGAUUACAAGACCGUUUACUAAAUCUAGUGUUGGUAGCUAGUUCUCUGAAUAGGAUGAAGGAAGUGUUUGCGAGUGCGAACAAUAUCCAACGAUGCCUUUUAUGAGCAGGAUAUGGGAAGGCAUGGGAUGGUACUGGUGUUGGGCGGGUAUACGGAUGCGUUUUUUUCUUCUUCUUUUCUUUGUGGAACUGGCCUCAGGAAUAGGCUCAUAGGGAGCAUCCAAACGUUUAUGCUGCGUCAUUUCACAGCACUGGUUAGGUGGAUAGGGUAGAACAAAGUAAUAUCAAACA